AAGAAGAAGAAGAAGAUGAUGAUGAUGAUGAUGAAAAUGAAAUUCUCACACUUGAAUAAAGAUUCCAGUAAAAUCCUCACCACUAAGAUAAAACGGAUGAUCUAAUUUGCGAUAUUACUCUUCUUCGCUGUUGUUUCUCGCUAAUAGGAAGUGACUACUUAGUAGUAGAAGUACAGACUUCCGACUAGCUCUUCCGGUGAUGAUGAUCCGUCCCAUUUCACUUAUCCGCCUUAGGACGACGACGUUUUUAACAGUUCCACUUUCCUCAGCCCUGUUCGCGGUUGAUGGCUGCCACCGCUAUUUCUCCAUCUUCGCCGCAGCGGCUCGGCGCCACUCCCAAAACCUUAGCCAAAAUGUGUCCAGGAAGCCUGAUCAACCUAACAAAAACCUCCUCAAAGCUCGCGAAACUGUUAAGCAGCUCUCCUCUUUGGCUCCGGUUCUGAACCAAGACAAUAAGCCUCGGCUCUCGAAAAGCCAAGCCGUCGGGCUAGUGGCCGCUUCCCAAGCAAAUUUCAUGCGCGUCAUUGUCCAACAGCUUCCUGAAGAAGAGAAUGAAAAUGAAUUAGCAGAUUCUGGAGGAGGAGGAGGAGGAGGAGGAAGAGGAGCAGCAGGAGAAGGAGCUAUUGGAAUGGAAUUGCUGUGUGUGGUGAAGGUUGUAUUGAAAAAGAUAAAAAGGAGAGUACUAGUUGGGGAUAAGGUUUUGGUAGGCUCUAUUGAUUGGGUUGAUAGGAGGGGGAUGAUAGAAGAUGUCUUCCAAAGAAAGACGGAGACCGCUGAUCCGCCCGUGGCAAAUGUGGAUCAUUUGUUGGUUCUUUUCUCCAUGGACCAGCCCAAACCGGAGGCGCUUGCUUUAACGAGGUUUCUGGUGGAAGCUGAAUCCACCAGAAUUCCUUUUACUCUUGCAUUCAACAAGUCUGAACUUGCUACUGAAGAGAUGCUGUUUACUUGGAAAUCUAAGCUUCGGAGUUGGGGUUAUGAACCAAUAUUUUGUAGUGUUGAAUCAAAGCAUGGAAUUGACACCUUGCAAUUCAACCUGAGAGAACAAACUUCUGUAAUCGUAGGUCCAAGUGGCGUUGGGAAAUCCAGCUUGAUCAAUGCUUUGAGGAACAAUAAACAUUUUGUGGGCGUUUCUGAACAGGAUAAUUGGUAUUAUCCAAUUCUUGGCAGCAAGUGGUUUGAAGAGCAACGUGUUGCAGAGGUGUCAACAAGAAGUGGAAAAGGAAAGCAUACUACUCGGCAUGUUUCUUUGCUUCCAUUGAUGGGCGGGGGUUAUCUUGCUGAUACACCAGGAUAUAACCAGCCAAGUUUGAUUAAAGUCACGAAGCAAUCUCUUGCUCAACAUUUUCCAGAGAUACGUAAAAUGCUCAAGGAUAUGGAACCUACAAAAUGCUCAUUUAGUGACUGCUUACACCUUGGUGAACCUGGGUGUAUUGUAAGUGGGGAUUGGGAGAGGUAUGCUUACUAUCUUCAACUGCUGGAUGAGAUUAAAAUCAGGGAGCAGUUUCAACUAAGGACAAUAGGAACUAAGAAAGAAGGUGAUGUAAGGUACAAGGUGGGAGGCAAGGGUGUCAAGCAAGCAGAGCCACGGUUGGAACCAAAGAAGCACAGAAGGCAAUCGCGUAAAAGUCUUAAUCAGUCAAUAUUAGAUGAGCUGGAUGAAUAUUAUGAAGAUGAUGAUGAAAACAUAGCAGAUGAUGAAGAUCUCAUUUUGAGGGCCAUGAGGCAAGAAAAUGAGUAGUCUUAGUCGUAAUCGACUUACAUAAUCCAUAGUAUAUAGCUCUUUAAGCUUUUAGGCUGGAUGCUUUUAGGUUGAAACCUCGUUGUACAGUUUGUAAGGGGCAGGGGGAAGUUGUUUGUGGUCUAGGACCUUUCAUUCUAAUUGUCCGGAUUGCAGUUGUCAAUUGAAGACUUUUUGGAUGUUAACGAACUUAUGUCCCAUGUCAGUUCUAGUCGUAGCUCAGACAGCGCAGCUGGGAUUUUUCCAACAUGAAAA